CUGAAUGGCUUCCCUGUACACUCUUGUUUUGCAGUUAAUUUAACUGAAGUCCAAGCUCAACAGAUAUUCGACGAGUUUUUCGAAGAAGUUUUUGUUGAAUGUGAAGAAAAGUAUGGUGAAAUUGAAGAGAUGAACGUCUGUGACAACUUGGGGGAUCAUCUGGUGGGUAACGUGUAUAUAAAGUUCCGUCGUGAAGAGGAUGCUGAAAAAGCUGUUCAAGACUUAAACCAGCGAUGGUUUGGCGGUAGACCGGUUCACGCGGAGCUUUCUCCGGUCACGGAUUUCCGAGAGGCUUGUUGUCGACAAUAUGAAUUGGGGGAAUGCACUCGUGGUGGAUUUUGCAACUUCAUGCACUUGAAACCUAUUUCACGCGAACUGUGUCGUAAACUGUACAACCGAAGUAAAAAACGCUACGGUCGGAAACGUCGAUCUCGGUCCCGCUCACGAGAUCGACAUCGUCGAUCGCGAUCCCCUCGUUCGUCCCGCCGGUGA